AUGGAUGAAGAACUGAAAUCAGCUCCGGCAGGAGAACUCGGCAACUCUUUUUCUCAUUCAGGAGGUGAGAACACAUUUUUUUAAAGCUUUUUUUCGUUUUCAUCUUUCUCUAUUGGUGGGUAUUUUUAUUACUGUUCUUGUACAUCAAAAUAUUUUUUCUGGUGUACACAAAAAUUUUAUCAUUUCAAUUUCAAAAAAAAGUUGAGAUGCUAUAAAUAGAUUAAUAGACGAAGUUUUAACUUUUAGUUUUAUUGUGAAGUUGAUUAUAAUUAGCAAGUAUUAUAGCCUUCAAAAUCGCAUUCGAAUUUAUUCAAAUAAUGUUUACAGGAGAAGAAACGAAAGUAUGCAUCGAUUCAGAUGAUGACUGUGAGGAAAUCCGCCAGCGCAAUACAUAUUUUAAAAACUUUGGGUUGAAUUAUUCGGUAAAUAUCAAAGUUCACUAUUAAAUUUUAAAAUUAACUUUUAAGGAUCACAAUUACGAUGUUCCUUUACAUAAGCGCCUUGCUUCGGAACAAGUUCCAUCUUUUCCUGUGAUGCCGUUCUUGAGCGAAGGUUUCUUUUAUUAUUUUUUUUUAAAUGACGCAUCCCUUAAUUUUUUUUAGCCGGCCACCCUCUCAAUGAUCAAGAACCAGUACAAUCUAGAACCCAUCAGAAUCAUGCGCCGGAACCAGUUCAAAGGAACGAAUACAGUUACAAGUUUGAUUUUCCCUAUUUGGUUAUAAUCUUAUAAUUUUUUUCAGCGGAAAGCAGUCUAUACUGAAUCAUACUGCUCGUGGGCCUCAGACAGUAACUGCAAUAAGAACAAGACGUGAGCUAAUUCUUAUACUCUCCUGUGGAUGAACAUUUUUUAGCUGAUGUUGGGCCUCAUCAGCAGUAUGUUCAAGGGCAUGCGCAGUUCCUUCAGGCGAAAAGAAUCGGUCAACCAAGUAAUCAAUCUCCUCUUUUCGUGCAACAUUCGCAGAAUCCGAUUGCACGUAGGCCACCCGUGUUGCCUCAAAGGCCAACAACAAUAUCUGGCCGUGGACCAGCAACCACGUGAGUCGUUUUCAUUCAAACAGAUUAUCAUAUGCUUCAGGAUUCGCACUGUUCCUGUUUCAAAUCGUCCAAUUAUCGAUCACGCUGUUGAACGAGAACACCACUUGCACCAUCAAGACCUAAAUCGUCGUGUCGAUGUUGCUCCUCACAGGUUUUCAAUCUUUAUAUUCCAUGAUUUCGAUUUGUUUUUGAAUAGGCAAUUUCAAAAAUUUCAAGAUUGUCAGACACUGGUGGAGCGUUUAUGCUCAUUUUUGCCUUUUGAGUUUCUUUCAAAUGCGUUUAUUUUUAUAAUACUUAUUAGUAUCAGAGCGCCAUUUUUUUUUUUCAAAAAGAUCUGAGAAACCAGUCCCCGCUCUAGGCCCGGGUGACGCGCCACUAGUGUCAGAAUGAUUCACGUUUUUUUCCAAGUGUUAAAGUAAUUUGAUAUAAUUUUUUUAAUGUAAUUCAAAUUUUUCCCAAAUGUGGAAUAAUUUUAUAAUAACAUUUUUUUAGUAGCAAUCUGGAAAUUCAGAAGAACUGAAAUUCGAGGAUUUCGAAAACGAAACCCCUUUUUACAGCUAUUUCGCUUUUUUUUUUUUUGAACCUUGAGCGUCUAUGUUUUUUGCUAUGUCGACUGUUUUUUUUUCUGAGGGACUUUUUCAGAAUGACUCAUGAACAACGCAUGAUCCAGCAGCAGCUUGCCAGUUCUCGUCCGCUUCCUGUGAUUGAAACCCACGUUCCAGGAGCAGCUCCCAUGCUAGUUCCUGCCAGAGGCGCUAAGCUUGUCGUACGUGGUAGAGGUUCAUUCCAACUUUGUUUCUCGUUUUAUAUUAAUAUUCAGGAAGCAGUCAGGUUAAUCGUGGGAAGAAAGAAACUGAAGAAUAUGACCAACAACAGCCGCCGAAUCGCUUCCCCGAGUCUCCCCGCAAAGUUUUUAUCUUCUUUUUUCACUCAUUCGGGUGUACUUUGAUAGGUUCACUUUGUGGAAGGCGGCGAGCAACAAACUUCUGGACCCGUCGUUAUGCGGUCUCAUCCAGCUCCUCGCGUCUUCACCUCCUCUCCACAACGACAUCUCUCUGCAAAACCAACUCCUCCGCACCGAAUGUCAACAGAAGAACGCAAUGCGCAUAUUAUCAAGCUGCAGGAAAAAGUUGACUCAUUUUUACUUUUUCCCUUCGAGCUUGUAUUUUUUCAGGAAAAGCCGAAAUAUUUACCGCCCAAAGAACCGAUGGAAGUAAAGUUGCCAGUUCGUCCAGCAGAAUCAUUUUUGAAAAAGGUUUUCAGAUUUUUUAUUAAAAAUAUGCACUUUCAAAACAUUAAUUAGGUAAUCAUGACCCGAAGCAGCCACGCUUUAAUUUAAUUCACAUCUUCACUUUCUCAUAUUAUCGUUUUAACCCAUUUCAAUCUUCACAAAACCUCACAGUGAAAAUGAUUUUAGAUGGAAGAACCAAUGACGAAAUCCACGGAGCAAGAACCAACCACUCUACGGGAUCAUGUUGAACAUAAAAGAGAUUGGUCAGCGAACAAGGAUUACACCGAAAAUGACUUGAAGAACACUAUUGAAACAGUUAAACGCCAAAUUCAAGAGGUAGUUUAUAAGCACGUCUGCAGCUCAGCUGAUUUGUUCAGGAAAGACAACAGAGUCAAAAUCGGUUGCCGCCAAAUCUCGAAAGACGUAGAAGUGGGAAACAGCAGCUCUAGCCAGGCUCAGCCCAGAACUGAGCCAGAGCCUGAGCCUGAGCCCGAACCCGAACCAUCCUAUGUGAUCCCCAUCACGACAGCGCCGGUCAUUGAACAACGUCCACGAGGUCGUCCCAAAGGCUCCGGACUUGUGAGUGGAAAUAUAGUAACGAUUUAGUAACAUGAACGAUGAGAAGGAUUUCAAAAAAAGCUUUAACGUUGACAAAAUAAAUAAAAAGGAAAGUUAGAAUUUCAUUUAUUUUGACAGAAUCAAAUUUUCAACAAAUCCUCAAAAAACCCAAUUAAAGCAAGUUUUUUUUUAAAAUUAUCGACCAAAUCAGAGAAAUAUUUUUCUCUCUCUAUUCAAUAAACGGUGUUGCCUCGUGAAAAUUUUGGCAAUUGAGUUAGUUUUACAAUAUUAUCUUCGUCAGUUUAAAUGAAGCUCACUUUUUUUUUUUAAAAGAACGACUAAUAUUUGAUUCCUAGUUCCGCAACCGAUGGUCGGCUAGCAGUGGAAGCAACGAAAGUGAGCAAGUCCCCGGUGUGCCGCCGGUGCCUUCCGCCGCUCCGCCUCCUGCGCACCAUCCUAUGCGGUUCAGUGGCAACGGACUGCGCAUGCUUUCUCCACAGCAUAGAACACCCACAGCCGUUCAGCCGGCUUUCGAUGAUUCUUCCAAAAUUGAGAGUUUGCAAGCUGCUCCACGUUAGUUUAUCCAUGCCUUUAUGAAAAAUAGUUUUUUGUGUCUUCAGAAAAAAAGUUUUUUUCUUCAAAUUUUCUUUCCAUUUCAGCAUUUUGUGGUGUGGUUUUAGUUCAGCUUAAGUUUAAAAAAAAAUUAGCAUAAUCAGCAUUGUUUCCAACAGUUAUGACCAUUUGCGAUUUUCAGAGCCUGCUCCUUUUGAAACCAAUGGAUCGGUGGCUCGUAAUAAUGUUACGGGUGCCACAGAUUCGGAUUCAGAAAGUGAGGCUGAAGCAGCUCCUCAAGAACAGGUUCACUGAAAGUUCUUAUUUUCUCUUCUAAUUGGAAGUUAUUUAGGACGACUUCGGCAACUGGACGAUGCGAUGUUAUUGUGGCUUAAAACAUAGCGAAGGAUUCACCAUCGAAUGCGAGAAGUGCAAGUAAAAAUUCACCCAAAUUACCAGUUUUUUUUUCUCGUGUUUUCAGAGAUUGGCAACACGGUCAUUGUAUGUCUUUGAAAGAAAACGAUAACAACGACGGUUAUCAGUGCGAACUCUGUAGACCUCGCGCAAUGAAGCUCACAGUUGCUGAAGCCCGAAAGAUCCAGGUAUUCAUUUACUUUUUUCACUAGCUAAAUUCAUUUUUUUUUUCCAGCAAAAGUUCCUCAAAAUUAUAGCGAAACAGCAAGUAAAACAGAAAGCAGUCGAUGCCAAGCCCAAAGGGAAACGUGGAAGAAAAGUUUAUUCGUUUUUUCUUCAGCUUGAUUACAAUUUUCUAAUUCAGAGUAAAACUCCCAAGAAGGAUUCCGUUACUUCAGUCCAAACACCAAUAGUUUCCAAGUCAAGACGGAAGACUUUGGUUAGAAUGUGCAAUAUCAAUUUCUGUAUAAAUCCCUAUUUCAGUACGUGAAUGAAUAUUCACGGAAAGCUAUCAAACUUCUCCAACAGUUAGAAUCGACAACGGGCGCCACUGAACUUCUCAAAGAAGCAAAAGACACGUUGAAGGCUCAGCGUUUGUACGUUUCUCAAGAUUCUGAAGGUAAGUUGUCGAUGUCUUUUCAAUCAAAAACAAGUGUUUCUUCAGGGCUUGUCACAACGCAAGAUAUAUCUCCACGACAAGUUGUGAUCGAACUGACGGGAAACAUUUGUUUGCCAGAAGAGUGUUCAAGAGAAACACCAGGCGAAAUGAUCGAUUUCGUCUUCCAAUACGACGGACUGAUGAAGGGCCCGCAGGGCGAAGACAUCGGCUCGCCUGGAAGCAACGUUUUGAUUUGCGUCGACACUCGGAAACGCGGCAGCGACGCUCGAUAUGUGAGGAGAAGCUGCACGCCGAACUGUGUCCUCAAGCACGUCCUGGACAACGCCACGCUCGGAAUCAUGGUGGUGGCCACGAAGCCUCUCAUUUACAACACAGAGGUUCAAAAUUUUCUUCUAUUUCUUCCAAUUUGAAUAUCAGAUCACGAUUCCGUUCGAUUAUGACUGGCGUGAGUCGAAGACCGUUCUGAAUUGCUGCAUCCAUCCAGCGGAAGCUAUCGCAGAAUGUCCCUACGAAAGCGAGGUUUUCUUUUUCUUCCUGAAAAGACUAGAUAAUUGGAAAUGUUUGAAUAUUUUUGCAAAAAGCACCUUCCUCAUUUCGUAAUUUUAUGAGGAACUAUUUUCGAUGCUCAAGAAAGUCUGCGAAAUUUUUUCGUAUUCGAAAGGUCUUAGAAUCGUUUUUCCACGCGAAACCAUUGCGAGAUUCGCAAAGUUUAAAGAGCUCGAAAGCGAAAAAAAAAGAUGGAUGAUUUCGACGGUAUCGUAGAGCACUCAAGUCUUUAAACGAAAAAAGAUUCAGAUGCAGCUGUAAACUUCUUUUUGGUGCUCCAAAUUCAGUUUUUAAACUCAGGGAAAAUUGUUUAUCGUUACCAUUAAGGGUAUCAAAAACGUUCUAGUUAAUAUUGAAAUGAAGCUCUACUUGAUCAAUACGAAAAUGAUGAAGUUAAAUUUUCAGCGGAGAAGCAAUCAACAACACAGAGUUUGGGCUGAUUCGCUGGGCAAAAAAAAUAUUUCGGAUAAUAAUUUGUCAAAUGCAGUAGAGCGACCUCUUGGCCGCCGACGAGCUGCCUUUGAGGCAAAAGAGGUUUCCGAUCUAGCUCCUGACCCGGAAUUACUUUUAUUUUGCAGUUUGCUAAGCAACAAGAACAGCCGUCUACUUCCGAAUUUUCUCAAACUCAAGAAGAAGCUGCCAAAAAAGAAGUCAAUGAAAGGACAACGUGAGUGAAAAGACAACUCGUUUCCUUUUAGCUUUACUUUUCAAGGGAUGAAGAGAAGCCUAAGAAAAAGAAAGGGCGUCCGAGUAGAAGUUCCAAAGGAAAUAAAGACUCUGAGGAAAUCGGUGGCGACGCUAAGAAAGAAACAGAAAAAGGAGAAAACAACGGCGUCAGCAAUGAAAACAAGAACGAAGUUUCAAAUCAGAGGAAAGAUCAGAAAAAUGACGAAAAGGAGAAGGUGGAGAAGAAAACUGAGAAAGAGGUUUUGUGAACUUUUUGAAUAAUGGACAUAACUGAUUUAGCAAACUCGUCGGAAAUCCAACAAUUUGCCGAAGGAAAUCAAAGAUGUGAUAUCGGCUGAGGCUGUUGAUUACACUCUCCCGGCAGAUCGAAACAAAUUGGUGAUUCAUUUCUCAGUGUUUCUUAAACUGCCUUGUUCAGAGUCGAGAGGAGCGUAAACAUCAGGCCCUUUUGGAGCAAAUCGCUAAACAAGAAGAGCAAGAUAAGAAACGGCUGGUGAAACAGAAAAAUACAGUUUCUAAGACGCCAGAAGUGAAAGAGGGGGUAAGAAGAAUUAAUUUUUAUUUCCUCAAUCGGAUUGAUAAUUGCAUUGCAGGCUGUUGAGAAGCAGAAAAUUGGAACAGAACAUCGUGCUAAGACGAGCUUGCCAAUGACGAAUGUUAGUUCAUUACGAGAAGCCCGAAAAAGAAGCAAAAGUCAGCUACUUUUUUUUAUAAUUUCAAAUAAUAAGUUUUUUUUUAAGGAGCGUCUGAAAAUAUGUCAGCCGAAACACCGGUUUUGCCGUUGCGACGUCGUCUAUCGGAAAGAGAGUUCAAAAGUGGUGAGAAGAAAGAAUAAAUACUCAAAUGUGCUCGUUUUACAGAUGAAAAGGCUUUGUCUGCAGCCGAAGCUUCCAAAAAAUCGCCGAUAGCGAAAAAAAGGCAAUCUUUGGAAGUUCCCAAAUUCCUGGAACAGGUUGGCUUGACUUGACUUGAGAUUUCACAGCAAUUUUUUUUUCAAAUUUAAGAUGGUCACCCCUUCGAAACGGAGAAAGUCUGAGCGAGUCGACAAAAUCAUCUCUGUGAAUGUCAGUGACGUCAUCAAGCAGCUCCAAGAGAACGCUGUUCAAGUGAAAGCGAUGGGAAUCGAGGAAUUUACGAAUCCUUACAAAGAAAAGGUAUUCAUCCGCAUUCAUAAGAUCUUACUAACCACAUACUUUCUUGCGCCUUCAAAGUUUUCGGUUUCAGAGAAUUUUUUCCAAGUUUUCUACAUUUUUUUUCUAAAGCUAUUCUUUGAUAUAAAAAGUUGGACCUGUCAUGCAAACAUUGUUGCUCAAGGUAACGACACCAAAAAGCUGAGAGUAAAAAAAAAAAGAAGUUCUCAAUCCACGCCGAUUUGACCUAUCUGAUGCGUCGUUUUCAGCCGAGUUCGCUCACUUUGACAAAACGGGAGACAGAUGAAAAAAGAGCCAAGAGCAAACUUUUGGAAUUGCCUUCCGCUUCAACGACCAAGAAGGAGGAUUCUUUUCAAGUUCUUCGGCCAAAAGAAGUUUCGGAUGAAUCUUCAACAUCGAAUUCAAAAAAAGUUUAUUUCCUCACAUUCUAUAAUUUAUGUUUAAAAUUAUCCAAAUUUUUUUUUCGGUCAAGUUUCAAAAUCAAGACGGGCGUAAAAAAAAUAACGGAGCAAAAUUUCGCACAGAAGUGGCACACGCGACAAAAAAAUGUCGACAAUUUGCAAAAAACAAUUUUAUGAUUAUUUGUGCAAAGUUUGUUCGCGGAAACCAUUGAAAAAUAUUUGCUUCACGAUUCUUUUUACAUUCAACUGAGAAUAGUUGGUAGAAAUCCUAGGUUAAUCCUAGAUUAAAAAUAUGAUUAUUGAUGAGAGGAUAAUAAUUAUUAAGAACUCUAUUUUCUGAAGUUUAACUUAUUGAUUUUCUAGACUCAUCGAACAAAUCCUUACCUUUGCAAAUGUCGGGCUUAAGUCAACUCAAAAAAUUUUUCAAGGAAAUCCGCAAGCUCUCUCUGGACGAUUACAAACGGCGUAGGACAGUGACUAGCGAAGAAACUGUUUCUAAGAAAGACCGAUCUUUCAUACCAAGUGUUGAUGGAUCAGCAGCUCUCCAAGUGCGUCGUUGAGAUUUUACUUUCUUUAAACCUGCCCUUUUUGAAGCUUCUCGAUCUCACUCUAGCUACGACUUCUAAUUCGGGCGAUCGCAUCGAAAAUCCUGUUGAUGUAAAUUUUAGAAGGUUUGAAGAAGUAAAAAUGUAUUUUUCAGUCAUCAAAAGCCCCUGGACCAUUUCCAACAACUGCCAAGACGAGAGUCACUCGCGCGUCGACGGCUUUACCAUCGUCGACCGUAGAGUCGGCUCCAGUCGCCCCUGUUCCCGCGGAAGCCGUUGAUGACCAGGAGGAAAGCGUCGAACGUCAUCAGUGGUCGCUGAGGGAACGAUUGCAGAGAGAGUUUGGUGUCGGGGCCCUCGCCAAUGUUGAUAGACAAGGUUCUUUCUUGCUUUUGAUACAGUUUUGAGGGAAGGAUUUUUGCGCCAAAAAUGAAUAACUCGGAAUGGAAAAGUAGAAAAAAAGUUGAAUUAAGUUUUUUUUGAGAUUAAUUAUGAUUUUUCAAUAUCAUCUUUGCUCGAACCUUCGUCACAGAGUUAUUUUUGUUAAUGUUUUUUUUUUUUCAGAUACCGAGGCCCAGGCAAGUCACGUGUAGUUAUCUGUAUUUUGCCUCAUUAGCAAAUUGUACAAAUUUAACAUUAUGUGUGAGAGUAUAUGUUCAAACUCACUCGAUCUUCUUCCCAGUGUUUUUGCUUCUUCCAAAGGGUAAAAAAAACACUAGGAAAUAGCUAUCUUCUCCUUUCAACAAAUCCAAGAUACUCGCAGGCUGGUAACUGCAAAAAUCACAAUUCGAUUCGCUAUUAGUCAUUUAUCCUCCGCAUUUGGUCUCCUCAUUGAGUGCCCCAUUGAAAUAAAUUUUCCUCGUCGCUUCCGAUUUCCUCGCUUUCUCAUUAUUCCACAGUGUUAUUAUUUUUGUUCUACCUCGUCGAAAAAUAGUUUAUUUUAGUUUUUGGCUCUGUUCAUUUGUUAUAAAUUACUAUUCUUGAUGUUAUUUUUUCAUUAACUGAAAAUGAAAUCAGCGCUCUCCGACUAGAACCCCGCCACAAGGCCGUUCAAAUCUUUCCCUUGAAACACCUUGAUCGACAUGUACAUGGAAACGGUAUUAUUAUGAAGUAGUUCAGCUAUGUCGGUAUAUAAUCUAGCAUAAUUGAUGAUAUAAAGCCGUCUGAUCCUUUCUUUUCAGUUAUAUGCCACCUUGACCUAGCUCUUUAUUCCAUCUCCACAGGGAAAAAAGUCGUGCUUUUAAACUCAUUUUCGAAUUCUCAUGUAUUUUUUGAAAUUUUUCUUUGUUGUUAGAGUUCAACCACUUUACUUGUUUUCCGUUUUUUUUUUUCUAAUAUUCCAAGAAUUGCUUUUAGUCCUCGAGGGUCGUACCUCCUUUCACUCGCCUCCUUCAAUAAAAGUAAACCUACUCGAAGAAUGAUGGUGGUUUUUCACAUGGCUGUAGGCUUUCCUCCUUGUGGACCCGGAUUAUAACGCAAGAAAACGGAUAAAUAUUGAACUUCAUUUGGAGGGCGCAAAGCAUUGGAAAACUUUUGAAACAAAUCUUCGUUUUCCAUAUUUCCUGACCGAUCGCCCUUUUUUUUUUUAGCGAUUUUCAGAAAUAUUAGAGCAAUUUUCACAAAAGAAAACGAGAAAUUAAGAUCUGCUAAAAAUCCAGCAGCGAGUUGUGAAAGAACAGGAAAAUAACGGCGGGCGAUCAAGCAGUUUGAAGGUGAUUGAAAAUGGAAAAAAAAACAAAGUGUUGAAUUUUUUAGAGGGAAGUUGACCAAGAAUAUCGAUUCUAA